AUGGCGAUGGCAGCUCUAGCUCCAUCUUUGACGAAUGCAAUCCAAUUCACCCCAGUCCCCGAGGCCAAUCUCGAACUUUCCCAGCUAGGCAGGAUAGGCGUGGCCGGCGACUUCAGCGGCAUCUCCCUCUACCAGUUCGAGGAGCAAAAUGAGAAACCUUACAACACGAAUGGCAGCGAGUCAUUGCUUGCCCAGCUGCCUAAUGGCGCUUUUGCAUCAAUUAUUUCGACUGAUGCUUCGAUUCACGACAUGUGCACAUUCACGCUCGCCAAUGGAGAGAUGCAAGGAGUGGUAAUUGGUGGUAAUUUCACGAGCUUGAAUGGCACCCAGUCACAAGGCGUCGCCAUGUUCAACCCCAACACCACAGAAAUCACCCCUCUGGCUGGUCUUUCAGGUCAGGUUAACGCCCUUCUGUGCGACCAAGAAACCAACACCGUCUAUGUUGGAGGCAACUUUCGCGCUGCCAACUCAACUAACGCUAUUGCCUGGGUCGGCACUGAUGGAUGGACUAACCUCCCCUUUGCUGGGUUCAACGGCCCUGUGUCCUCCAUCACAAAGGCUUCCAACGGCCAUGUUGUGUUUGGUGGCAGCUUCACUGGCCUGGGAAACACCAGCACACCUAGCACUCCUGAUGGCCAGGUAAUCAACCUUUCCAGCGCCAACAUCACUUCUGCCUCUAGCUCCUCCACCAGCGGAUUCAGCGAUCCUCGCAACAUUAUCUGCAAGACGAGCGGCGCCGAUGGCUCUGGCAACACUUGGCUGCUCAACGACAACUCGGCGGGUUUCUGGCAAGCCACCUUCGGCUUCGGUUUCCAGCCCACCAAGCUCAGACUCUGGAACACCCACCAGGAUGGCCGCGGCACCAAGACCUUCCGCUUCACUGCCUUCCCUCUCGGAGGCAUCCUGAACAUGACCUACCUGGAUCCUGCGACUGGUCGGAAUGCGUCUUGCACGAGCGAGUGUCCUCUCAGCGACAACAAGACCGUUACAUUCCAGGACUUUCACUUUGUCAACGUGGUGGGCAUGAACUCUUUCAGAAUUGACAUCUCUGCCUUCUACGGCUCUGGCGGUGGUCUGAACGGCAUUCAGCUCUUCGAAGAUGACAUCAACUCAUAUGCCAUCAACGACUUCAACGCCCCAGCCUGUGCUGACAGCGACACCAAGUCCUCUGCUACUACUACCGGACCGUGGUCCGUUACGCCGUCUCAACAGAGCAGCUCUCAGUACUUGACUGCCAAGCUCUCCGGCACCAUCUCAGCCAGCUCUGCCUCUGUCACCUUCCUUCCGGAUCUGAAAGAGUCAGGCAACUACUCCGUCAACCUGUACACUCCUGGCUGCAUCGGAGAUGGAACUUGCUUGACCCGAGGCCAAGUUAACGUCACUGGCAUCAUGUCUAGUGGCAACAGCAACAAGUUCACGACAUCCCUCUACCAGACUAACAACUUCGACAAGUAUGACCAAAUCUACUUUGGAUACAUCGAGGCCAGCUCGGCAGAUGGCUUCCGACCCAGCGUCACCUUGACUCCCUUGGCUGGCCAGUCCCUGGAAGAGAUGACCAUCGUUGCGCAGAGAGUCGGCUUCACUUUGAUCAACUCUACUGGAGGAUUGAAUGGAUUGUUCGACUUCGAUCCCAAAUCCGCCACGGUCAACACUGACUUCAAGAGCUCCAAGAUCAAUCAGCUUGGCUCUUCAUUCGCUUCGGGAUCUGCGGUCACGAGCUUGGCAACCACUGGUGACUUGGUCAUUGUCGGUGGUAACUUCACCUCCAAGGACGCUCGCAAUGUCAUUGGUAUCAACACUGCCAGCGAGGCGACCAUGGCACUUGACGGUGGCCUCAACGGCGAGGUCAUGUCCAUGAAGCUGAACGGCACCCAACUUUUCGUCGGCGGACAAUUCUCCAACACUCUGGACAACGCAGUCUCUGGUUUGAACAACGUGGGCGUUUACGACACUUCAGCCAACACCUGGACUGCUCUUGGUGCCGGCGUCAACGGCAAGGUCUAUCACGUCGUCCCGAUGCUUGUCAACGUUACCAGCGAGGAUGAGCCUGAACCAGUCGUCACUUUCACCGGUGACUUCACUGAGAUCAAUGCCUUCGGAGACAACAAGGUUAUUCAGGUUUCCGGCUUCGCUGUUUGGGUGCCCUCUCAGAAGAACUGGCUGCAGAACCUCAGUGGACCUGUGCCGGCCUUCAGCGGCAUUCUCACGACGGGUAUCCUCGACCUUCCCGGCGGAGGGUCUAUCUACGCAGGAUCAAUGACUUCUGCCACCAUUGCCGCUAAUGGUGCAGUGUCGCUGUCAGAGAAGUUCGGUCAGUUCCCUAUCAAGAUCCAGUCGCCCUCAACCAGCACCAGCUCUGUGAGCAAGCGCGACUCUGUCUCCAGUGGCAACAUUACUGGCGUCGUUACUGGUACCUUCUACAAUGAGAACGGACGUAACAUCACCAUUCUCGGAGGCCACUUCACUGCCGAGGGCGCCAACGGUUCCACCGUCAACAACCUGGUGCUCAUCGACGGAUCCAACUCGAACACCAUUAGCGGCCUUGGCUCUCAGAUCCAGGACAACUCGACUUUCAUCGCCCUUGCCGUCACUGGCGACAUGCUCUUCGCCGGUGGAAACGUGCGCGGUCGUGUCAACGAUGUGGACGUGCGAGGUAUCAUCUCCGUCAACCUGCAGACCGCUUCCUUCAACAGCACUCAGCCCCCUGGAAUCAGUGGAGGCAACGCGACUGUGACCGAUAUCAAGGUCCGCCCUGAUGCUGGCGACGUCUAUGUUGCCGGCCCAUUCGAAUCAGCCGGUGCCCUUCCCUGCCCGGGUGUCUGCUAUUACGACACCUCCCUGGCGGCAUGGAAUCGUCCUGGUGUCAACCUUGAGGGCACUGGCCACGCACUUAUCUGGACCAGCAACUCACAGCUUGUUGCGGGUGGUAACUUCACUCUCAACGGCACAUCUCCCACGAUGCUCGCCAUGUACAGCCCCGACCGCCAAGCAUGGUCUGCCUACCCUGGAGAGGAUGUCAUUCCCGGUCCCGUGGAGGCCUUGACGGCUGGAUCGAGCGACCGCAGUCAACUUUGGGUUUCCGGAACCGCGUCCAACGGCUCCAUCUACCUGAUGAAGUACGAUGGCUCUACGUGGCACUCUGCCGGAGUGACUCUCCUUCCCGGCACUGUCGUCAACAGUCUGCAAGUCUUCUCCCUCACUGAGAACCACGACAGCACCGACAUUCUCGCGUCCAACCAAGUGUUGAUGAUCACAGGAUCCAUCGGCGUUCCAGGCUAUGGCAAGGCGUCGGCCGCCACUUUCAACGGCACAGUCUUCAAGCCGUUUGCUCUCACCAUUCACGACGGAAACACCGCAGGAUCGAUUGCAAGGAUCUUCACCGAGAACGAGGACUUCUUCACAGACAAAUCCGGCCACUUGGCACUCGGGUUUGUCGUCCUCAUCGGUCUCGGUAUCUCCCUUGCUCUCAUCUUCAUCAUGGUCAUUGCCGGCAUGGCCCUCGAUCGUCUGCGUAAGAAGCGCGAAGGAUACACGCCUGCACCGACGUCGAUGUACGAUCGCGGCGGCGGCAUGCGCAAGAUUCCGCCGCACGAGCUUCUCGAGUCACUCGGUAAAGGCCGUCCUGGCGCGCCGCACGUAUAG